AGCAGCUUUGGGCUGGCCUAGAGCACUUUCCCUGCUCCUAUUGGUUACAGCUCUCCCAAAGCUUCCUCUGAUUGGUGGAAAGAAGCAAAGGGCUCCGGUUCUUUCCUGAGCGUUCUUCCGGCUUGCUAUAUAGGAAAAAAGAAAAGACGAAUGGAAAAAAUUGUAAUCCACAGAACGACAAUUGCUUAGGCUUUUAGUGAUACGGUCAGAAAUAUUUCAAAUGAGUUCACAACAAUUCCCCCGACACGGGCUACCAGUUUCUAGCGGGGGAGCACCUCAGAUCCCUGCAACUGCAAACCUGGUGCCUGUCAACCAGCCAUCAAACCCUCCAGCUGGUGGAGAAGGAGAUGGCAAUCGUGAAGCUGACCAUGGUCAACAAGAUCAUCCACCUGCUGGGGGUGGGGGAACCUUGGCCUUCAGAGAUGAGAAGCAGGAGACUAUGGUUGUCAGACCAUACCCUCAAGUACAGACACACGGGGGGCCACAGGCUGCUCCCCAAACGGUGUCCAUCCAGCCUGGCACACCUGUAACCGUACCUGCAGCCCUCACUGAGGGACAGAUGAAGGCUGUCCUAAAGUCACCAAUGCCAAGUCGUCUUAUUGCUCCAGCACCAGCUUCCAACCAAGCUCAUAUUCCCAUACCUCCCAAGGUGCCUAGUCAUAUUACUGUCACCAUUGAGAGCACUAUUGCCACCACCCCGUCUAUCCCCGUAGCAACCAUCAGUGGCCAGCAGGGUCACUCUAGCAACUUACACCACUUGAUGCCAGCCAACAUUCAGAUCAUCAGGGGGCAAAUUGGGGCCCCAGCAGUACCACCCCAAACCUUUACGUCACAUUUACCUCGAGGGGCUGCUGCAGCAGCUGUUAUGUCCAGCAACAAGACAGUCUUGCGGCCAGCCACCGGAGCAAGUGCAGGCCCCGGCCAGCCCACAGUGCAACACAUCAUACACCAGACUAUUCAGUCCCGUCCUGCUGUUACAACUUCUACAGCUGUGCUUCCAACCGUUGUGGCCCCUAUUUCAGCAACUAGAACGCAGUCUCCGGUUAUAAGUCCAUCUGUCACGCACUCUGAGGUGACACAUGGGCGUCCAGCGCUGACUAUUCACCCCCCUCCUGCUACUGUCAGCAUUCAGAGGCCUCAGACGUCUCGUGAUACUGCAACACGGAUCACACUGCCGUCACAUCCUGCAAUUGGAGCUCAAAAGCCCCAGCCUCCGCACACCAUGGCGCAGAAGCCAAUCUUUAGUACUGUGACUCCUGUAGCUGCAGCAACUGUGGCACCAAUUGUUGCCACUAACACUGUGCCAUCAACGACCACAAUAGGCACUGUGCCACAUACCCAAAUGACCAGUAGUACCAUAGUCACCAUGACAAUGGCGUCACACUCCUCUCAUGCUACAGCUGUAACCACCUCUGCUAUCCCUGUUGCUAAAGUGGUCCCGCAGCCUAUUGCCCACUCUUCAUCCCGUGUUCAGCCUGACUACCCGGGAGAGAGAACCAACCUCAUCCCCAUCCCAGGCCACAGAUCCUCUCCGAACCCCGUUACCAUGGAAGCCAGAAGUGACAACAGGCCUUCUGUACCAGUUCAGUUCCAGUAUUUCUUGCCGGCGUACUCUUCCUCAUACCCUCUGGCACACACCUACACCCCCAUCAGCAGCUCAGUCUCCACCAUCCGCCAGUAUCCAGUGACCCCUCAAGCUCCAAGUUCCGCACUACCCACUCAGGCGGGCGUGGCUACCACUGUCCACCUAAACCACAUGCAGCUGAUGGCGGUGGAUCGGAUUGGUCUGCCCUCUGCACAGAUCAGCACCCAGGGGAUCCAGCCAGCACCGAUCGCUGCACAGGGCAUACAGCCCGCGCAGAUAGGAGUUCAGGGCCUGCACACGUCACCUUCAAUCACCACACAAGGAAUACAGCAGACACCCAUAGCCACUCAGCAGCAGCCACAACCGCAGCCACAGUCUGAAGCAAAACCUGGGGUUGUAUUGGCUGACAGCUUUGUAGCGAGCCCCAUAAGCAGCACAUUCAGCACGACUCAGCCAGUAGCCACCAUGGUGCAGGCCCACGCCCAGGGAGGAGUAGGAGGAGCCCCAACACUGGUUUCCUCCCCUCGACCAAGCAUCCUACGCAAGAAGCCUGCUAAUGAAACGUGUGUCCGUAAGAACCUGAUCCCCAGCCAACCCAGUGAACCCAACACUGGCAGAAUUGAGAGUGGUGUAAGAGGAGCAGGGUCACCUCGGCCUGCAGGGGUAAAACCCAAAGCUGAGGUACACAUGACAGUGGCCCCUCCAGUCAUGGCUGCAGUUGAAGCAUUGCCUGCUCAGGGAGGGGAACAGCAGGUUGUGGCCUCAAACACUCAGCACCUGGCCCAAGCCAUCCCCACCAUGCUGGCCACUCCUGGGCCCGUGCCGCCCUCUCAGCCCACCACCGUUCUCUCAUCCCUGCCUGCAGCGAUGGCCGUGACCCCUCCUGUUCCUGCUUCAAUGGCUAACACCGUGGCCUCCCCCACUCAGCCUGCAGCCAGUAGCACUGCAUCAUGUGCUACUAGCUCCAGCUGUUCAGAUGUGAAAAUCAAGCAGGAGGUAGAGACAAUGGACACCUCCCAGCCAGAUCCCAACGCAAAUAUAUCCUUAGCUCCCACCCUCACCACCCAGGCAUCCACACUAAACACUCCUGCAACAGGAGAUCUGAUUCCAGGGGCCUCUCCGAGGAAGAAGCCCCGCAAGCAGCAGCACGUUAUCUCAACUGAGGAGAGCGAGAUGGUGGAAACCAACAGCACAGAUGAAGAGAAGGCUCCAGGCAGGCUCAUCUCUGGCAGGGCAGAAAGGCGGGAAUCUCCUCCGAGGGAAUAUGUUGAUGAAGAAGGAGUGCGAUAUGUACCCGUCAGGCCUCGCCCACCUGUUACUCUUCUGCGUCACUACCGCAACCCCUGGAAGGCUGCUUACCACCACUUCCAGAGGUACAGCGACAUUCGAGUCAAAGAGGAGAAGAAGGGCACCUUACAGGACAUGGCCAAUCAGAGAGGGGUGGCAUGUAGAGCACAAGGCUGGAAAAUUCACUUGUGUGCUGCACAACUCAGACAACUGUCGAGUUUGGAGCAUGAUGUGUACAGUCGCCUCUCCACUCUCCAAGAAGGCCUCAUCCCAAAGAAGAGAGCAGGUGCUGACGACGAUCUUCACCGGAUCAACGAGCUCAUACAGGGUAACAUGCAGCGCUGCAAGCUGGUGAUGGACCAAGUGACGGAAGCCAGAGACACCAUGAUGAAGGUGCUCGACCACAAGGAGAAAGUGCUGAAACUUCUCAACAAGAACGGCACCGUCAAGAAGUCCUCCAAACUGAAGCGUAAAGAACGGGCUUAAGCGUGAGCUCGUCUGUCGGCGACCACCACAGCCCCGUUUCUGAAGGGGAGAAGGAGCUGCUCUGACCUCUGGUGCUAUGAUUUGCUGCAUACAAUCAUACGUGUGCCAUCCCUGACGGCCUGAGCGGAGUGGAGAGAGGUGUCGGGGAGGCUUCAGCGAGCAGAAAGCCCAUCAGGAACAGGUUCUCAUCAAAGACACAGGCCACGUAUUAAAGUGUGGAACAUAAUAGGCUUUAUUAGUCUGGCCAACUGGACAACCUCUGUUUUUCCACUUUUUUUUCAGACACCUGAGGCCAUUUUUACUAACUUAGUUUCUACUCCCAUGUUUUUUUGAGACAGUUUGAAGAUGACGCGUUAUGUAUCUGUGAUGUUUGGCACUGAAUGCAGGUCCAACCCUCAUGUACUGUAAGAGAGACGACUCGGUGAAAGGGACUGAACCAGGAGCUGUAGGAUGGAGUAAAUCAAUCCUUUCACAAACUGUAAACAGACUAAUCUUAGUUGUGCUCUUUUCAUCAGUCUGUGCCUUCAUUUUGUCAAGUGUACAUUAAUUGGACAGGGCAUGUGUAAACUAGUUCACAUGUUAAAAUACUAAAACCUAUAUAUAUAUUUUUUAUGCUGAGCAUUUUGUUUUAGUUGAUUUUGCUGUCUGAGGUGGAUACACGGCUGCCUAUCACAAGCCACAAGUUUAGGUGUAAACUAAAGAUGUUUGAGUACUUCGUUGGUGUUGGAGUAAAACCUAAACGUGGCAUGUUGAAAUGGUUAAUGUAGAAAAAAUGCUCUUAAAGGAUCCUUAGAUUUGAAAGUGAGAAUGCCAAUUCUACCUUUUAUUAAACUGCCAUCUUUAAUCCACUAAAUGAUAAAUUGACGUUACCACAGCGAUAGCCGCGCUUUGAUAGGACUUUCAUACCGAAUCAGAAGGUACCGUGCUAGAAAAGAAGAGGCUGACUAUCCUCGUGAUCAUAAUGGUGAAUUAAUGUAAAUCACUGUAAAUGUGCGUUUGGUUUUCCAUUGACUUGGUUCUUUUCAAGUUUUUGUACUCAAUGAAAGAAUUUGUGCUGUGUGUGAUGUGUCGCUUCAUGCUGCAGUGUUACAUUUAAAACAUGGCAAGAUGAAGCUAGCCUGAAACAUCGAGCCAUUGUACGUUGUUUUUGUCUCUGUAAUUAUAGUAAAGAUACUUAAAGAUAACAAGG